ACUAAACUGGCAUUAAUGAGAGCCCUCUAGACUCCAAACAACAACAAGGAAGGGAGGCUUGUUGAGCCUCCUGCUGGGACAGCAAACAGCCUAGAGAUAUAAAAGCCCUGAAAGCCCAGAGCUCCUCACAUACUCACACACUCACUCACUCACUCACUCAUUCACGCCUUCCUCCCAUCUUACCUCCUCCCACCCCACCAUGGCUGACACCUGCUGCUCUGGGGCCUGUGUUCCAGCUGCGUCCACCAUGUCCAUCUGCUCCAGCGACAGGAGCUAUGGCAGCCGAAUCUGCCUGCCCAGCGCUUACACUGGCUCUUCCUGGGAGGUGGACGACUGCCCUGAGAGCUACUGCGAGCCCCCCUGCUGCACCUCUACUUGCUGCCAGCCCACCUGCUGUUCCCCCACCAGCUGUGCCCCCACCUGCUGUGCCCCAACCCCCUGUCUAACCCUCAUCUGCACCCCUGUGAGCUGUGUGUUCAGCCCCUGCAGCCAGGUGGCCUGUGGGUCCAGUCCCUGCAGCCAGGCAGCCUGUGGGUCCAGCUCCUGCCAAUCAGUCUGCACCAGCUCCUGUGAACCCUCCUGUUGCCAGCAGUCUAGCUGCCAGCCUGCAUGCUGCACGCCCUCCCCCUGCCAGCAGGCCUGCUGUGUACCUGUCUGCUGCAAGCCCAUCCACUCUGACACCUCCCCCUGCCCAGCUCCCUCAUGCUGCCAGCAGCCUAGCUGCCAGCCCACGUGCUGCACGACCUCUCCCUGCCAGCAGGCCUGCUGUGUGCCCGUCUGCUGCAAGCCCGUCUGCUACAAGCCCAUCUGCUGUGUGCCAGUGUGCUGUGGGGCCUCCCCCUGUGAGACCCCUGCCUCUGCCCCCUCCUGCUGCAAACCCUCUUCCAGUGUGUCCCUCAUAUGCCACCCUGUGUGCAAGCCCACCUGCUGUGUGCCCAUCUCCUCCUGCUGUGCCCCCACCUCCUCCUGUGUGUCCCUGCUAUGUCGCCCCAUGUGCCCCCACCCAGCCCGCCGUGGCCCCUCGUCUGGCCAGAAGUCCUGCUGCUAA